AUGACGCUGCAGUGUGCACGACAGCUGCACUCGCAUAUGGAGUUGGAUCACGCUCACAAUGUUCUUGAGGUCGCUGCAGGAGCUGGACUGGGCUCACUCGACGUUGCUCAGUACAUGUUCGACGGGUGCUCCACACUACCUCAAGAGACUAAGCGGACGCUCACAGUCACGGACUUGUCGCCGGUAAUGGUCAGGAUGGCCAAGGAGAAUUUCAGCAGCGUAGACACGAGAGGUGUCGACAUCAAGGUCACGGUAGCCAACGGUCAGGACUUAGCAGACAUCGCGCCUGGCUCUAUGGAUCGGUAUGUUGCCAGUCUUUGCCUGCAACUCGCACCCGAUCCUGAUGCCAUGCUUCGUGAAGCAAAACGCGUGCUAACCCCUAAGGGUAUUGCAGGGUUCACGAUCUGGGGAUCUCCCGAUCGAAGUGGAACGUUUGCCAUUAACAGUGCGGCGAACAAAGAGUUGGGACUCGAAGAGAACACGGCGGAGCACUCCAACUUCGUUAUGGGGAGAGAUCUGCCAGCUUUGCGCCAACGUUUUGCACGCGCUGGCUUCAACCACGUACAGAUCUGGCCGUUUCAGUGCGUCGUGGAGCUCUGGAGUGGGGAGCAAUUUGCCAAGUUGCAUCACGAAAUGUUCCCACUGGAGCGUGAUCAGGAAAGACUAAAAGACCGACGGUAUGCAAUCGUAAAGCGAAAUGCUGAUGAAUGGCUUGCCACGGGAUCGCCUAUUGGGCUGGAAACCUACAUCAUCGUUGCUAGAGCCUCGGCUGGCAACCUCAAGGCGAUGUUCCCAGCCGCCAACGUGCGCGUGGAGUUGCAACAUUUCCGCUCUGGCGAAUGGAUCCGCAUCAGCGACGCAAGAACGAACGCAGACGGACGUGUCGCCAGCCACUUGGUGCCAGAAACCGCGAGCUUUGAACCAGGCACGUAUCGCAUGGUGUUUUAUACCAAAGAAUACUUCGCAGCCAACGAAGUCACGGAGUUCUUCUACCCGGAAGUGACCAUCGUCUUCAUUGUCAAGGACCCGACCCAGCACUACCAUGUGCCCUUGCUUCUCAACCCCUUCGGGUAUUCAACUUAUCGUGGCAGUUAG